AUGGCCAAACACCAUCUCAUCAUUGGAACCCUUCUCCUGAUAACCUUCUUGCUAUUCGAAAGUAGCAUCCUCGCCCAAACCUGUUCCAUUACCCUCUCCGAUGGUACUUCAAUUGAUGUUUCCAAAUUGGAUACCACAAAUGGCUAUGUUUCGAAUGAUGACAAGGAUCCAAACUAUAAAUUCUACUUUAAUAUUUGUGGAGGAUUGAAGAAACCAUCUGAUGUGUGUCUUGUUGAUGGUCAAGCAUUCCAAUAUUCAAAUGAUAUCAAUCUUUGCUAUCCAAUUUCAAAGCCAAAUACUCCAACCGUUACCUUGUUAAAUCCAGCAGAUGAAAAGGCAGGUGUCAAAGUUGUCCAUCAACCUGUCUCAAUGGAUAGAACUUCCAGACAAUUAUCUUUGGAAAUUUCAUGUGAUGUUAAUGGUCCAGCUGCUCCAUCAUUCAAAUACAUGAAAGAACAAAUCAAUGGUGGAAUUAUUGUCUACUCUUUCAGUGGUUCAACCAAGUCAAUUUGUCCAGGUGUCAAACCAGAUCCAAAUAAUCCAACCAAUGACAGUGAUUUACCAUUGGGUCAAUAUGGUAUUGGAGGUUUAAUAAUGACCUUGGCAUUGGUCGCCUUGAUUUUAUAUUUCAUUAUUGGAUUUGCAAUUUUAAAGUUCAAAAUGCAAAAGACUGGAACUGAAGUUAUUCCACAAUUUACAUUCUGGAAGGAUUUGCCAUUCCUUUUCAUUGAUGGUAUCAUGUUACCUGUUGAUUUAAUUAAGGGAUGUAUGGGAAAGAAGAAUUAUCAAGAAAUGGCUUAGUUUUUUUCAUCAUUAAAAAAGAAUAAAUGUAAUUCUAUCU